GGGCCGGCGAGGCAGGCAGGUGAGGCGGACACAGCAGGCGUGGUAGGCAGGCUGGCCGCUGAGGCCCACUCUGGCCGGGAGCCUCGGCUGGUUCCACUCAAGGGCAGACGGGCAGCAGAAGUCAGGGGCACGAACCAGCAAAUGGAAACAGCACGACAAGCGGAGGGACAGCAGAAGGGCCAGGGGAGAAAGCUACGGUCCUUGCCAUUUAACGUCGCUCUUCUCCCGUUUGGAGGAAGGAGUCGUCUACACCAGCAGCAAAGCCCGAACGGCAGAUGUGCCACAGCAGAGGGACCGACGCUGAGAGGCAGGGCCGGGUCGGAGCAGGGGUUCCAUGGAAGCCUGGGGGGAACAGGGGCUACCAACCACGUUCUGUGGGAGACCCUGGAGGACACGCAGGUCACAGGAGGGAUGACAGAGCCAGCAAGGGGAGGCUCCUCUGCAGGACGGGGCUGGCAGACAGUGGUGCCAUGGGGACCCAAAGUGUCAUCACAGUCCCCCUGUUAGAGAGGGAGCCCACGAGGGCCAAGGUCUGGCUCGUAGUUGGUCCGCUGGCUCCGAGGACCCACGCAGCCCCGUUUCCUGGCCCCUGGAGAUCACCGGCUCUUGCACGCACCUCGUGGUUAACAGAAGCCCCACGUUGGUUCACACUCCAAGACGUGGGAGCUCUCGUAACAAUGAGACCAAGUAAAAGCCACCCAAAGUGUACCCCUCCCUCUGCUCGUCAGAAUGACAGCCCCCGAAGAAGUCUUCGCCCUACUCCCCAGACGCUGAGAGCCCAUCCGGUUCCGUGGCAAAGGAGAAAUAAGGCUGCAGACAGAAUGAAGGAGUCUAAUCAGCUGCCUUCGAGUCGGGGAGAUGAUUCUGGAUCAUCUGACUGGGUCCAAUGUGAUCACAGGGGGUCCCCCGAGGUAGAGAGGGGCACGGGAGGGGCGAGGGAGAGAAGAUGUGACCCCAGGGGAAGGCAGGGCGAGGCCGAGGGAGGGGGCCUCGGGGGAAGGAGCAAGGCCGGCCUGCAGAAGGCGGAGAAGGUUCUCCCCCGGAGCCUCCAAGGGGGAGCGCGGCCUCGCCCCACCGAGGCUCCAGCCCAGGGAGGCUCAUUUUGGGCCCAUGACCUCCAGGACUGUCGAAAAAUAUGUUUGUGGGGCUUCAAACCACGAGGUUCACAGGAUUCAAUAAGCAGCAAUAGGAAAUAAUAUAUCACCCCCCACCCCCGCCCGGGCCAAGGCCGUAUAUGAGAGGCCAUGCUUCGUCCUGGGGAAAUAGCGGAGACCGCACACCCUGGAGGACAAAGGCCGCAGCGCCGGUGGCCCCUCUCGCGUGCCCAUCCGAGUGACUCGUGCUGCCCUCGGAGGCACAGACCCCGGGGGAGGGGGGAUAGAGACCACGGUCCCGCGGGAGCUAAUCCGCCGGGCGUGAGUCCUCGGCUGGCCCAGAGCGACGCGGCCUUGGACCUGUGCUGCGUGGCAGGCUCUGCCACCAACCCCGCGGGAGGAUCCGGAGUCCGGCUCCGGUUCACUCUCCGGGCCUCGCGCCAUGGCUGGGUUUAGGCUCCUGCCCUCUGUCCUCACGCAGUCCUGCCGACGGGUCAUCCUGGAGGUCACUGUUCGGGCCGCGCCCCUGAGGCUCUCAUGCUAACCGGACCCCACGAGCGAGAAGCUGCCGGUGGCUCCGAGGUCUCGGUGCGAUGCGUGCCCCCAGGGGGUGAGGGCCAACCCCAGGACGUACCCAAGGGCCCGGAAGCCUGAGGUGUGCUGGGACAUUAAAAGUGGGGGUGGGGGCGGCGCCUGGCUGGCUCA